GCCCAUGUCUAACUCCCAUUCUCUCUCUAGUUUUAGUUUCUCUCUCUAAGCAGGCCCCACUUGUAACGGAUCCUUAGAAGAAGCUCUCUCGCAUCACUGUACUCCACUUCCCCCCCAACUUUUCCUUUUCCCAAUUCCCAACUCCUUGCUCAGAUAAAACCUCUUUCUCUCUCUAAACUCUCUUCUCUCUCUAAACUCUCUUCUCUCUCUAAUUUAAAUCUCGCUCGUCCCUCUACUUCCAACCUUGAGCCCACCUCUCUGCAAAAACCCAACUCCCACGCCUCUCUGCUCAAACCCACCCCCACCCAUUUCCCUGUCCCCCCUUUCUCUCUACAUUUUCAUGUUUUCCAACCAACCCAUCUCAACAAACACCUGCAUUUACAUUUUCUCUCUCAUUCUAGGGUUUCAGAGUGCUUCCAGCCAUGGCCGAGCUUCAGGCCAAUGGCAUGAGCGAGUCUGCAACUAAGCCUUCUUUCACCUCCUCGGCUUCCUUCAGAGAAGGAAAGAGCAGGAGGAAAACCCUAACUAGAGUUGGUUCUGAGGCUGAUGAUUUCAUUAAUCUUCUACAUGGGUCUGAUCCAGUUAAGGUUGAACUUAAUCGACUCGAGAAUGAAGUGAAAGAUAAAGAUAGGGAAUUGGGGGAAGCUCAGGCAGAAAUCAAGGCAUUGAAGUUAUCUGAACGUUUGAGAGAGAAGGCUGUCGAAGAGCUCACAGAUGAACUGCAAAAGGUGGAUGAAAAGCUCAAGGCAGCCGGUGCUCUUAUAGAAAGCAAAAAUCUUGAGAUUAAGAAGAUAAAUGAUGAGAAGAAAGCAUCUCUUGCUGCCCAGUAUGCAGCAGAAGCCACUCUCAGAAGGGUACAUGCAGCUCAGAAAGAUGAUGAGAUGCCCCCAAUUGAGGCCAUCAUUGCUCCACUGGAAGCAGAGCUGCGACUAGCUCGGCUAGAGGCCGCUAAGUUGCAGGACGACAACAGGGCGCUGGAUCGCCUUACCAAGUCAAAGGCAGCGUUACUCGAAGCAGAGAGGACUGUUCAGGUAGCCUUGGCUAAGGCUGCCUUGGUUGAUGAUCUCCAGAACAAAAACCAAGAGCUCAUGAAACAAAUAGAGAUAUGCCAGGAAGAGAAUAAGAUACUCGACAAAUUGCACAGACAAAAGGUUGCAGAAGUUGAAAAGCUGAGCCAGACUGUUCGUGAGCUUGAAGAGGCGGUUCUUGCUGGUGGUGCUGCAGCAAAUGCUGUGCGAGAUUACCAGCGAAAAUUCAUGGAGAUGAAUGAGGAGAAGAAAAUAUUAGAUAGAGAACUUGCUCGUACAAAGGUCACCGCAAAUCGGGUUGCAGUUGUGGUUGCAAAUGAAUGGAAAGAUGCCAAUGACAAAGUCAUGCCUGUCAGGCAAUGGCUUGAGGAAAGAAGAUUUUUGCAGGGAGAAAUGCAGCAACUUCGAGAUAAACUGGCCAUUGCAGAACGGACUGCAAAAUCUGAAGCCCAGUUGAAAGAAAGGUAUCACUUGCGGCUCAAAGUUCUAGAAGAUGGGUUGAAAGCAUCUCCAAGUGGACAUAUCCGUCCUUCGGAGGUGAGAAGUGUGAGCAAUGGACGUUCACGUCGCCAAUCACUUGGUGGGGCAGAGAAUUUCUCUCGAUUGUCUUCCAACGGCUUAUCCCGGAGAACCCCAGCUUCUAGUCCCUCGAACAAUAUAAGUACAGUGUUAAAGCAUGCAAAGGGCUCAUCAAGAUCAUUUGAUGGAGGUAAUAGAUUAUCAGAAAAGAAUAAGGUCUGCUUGAAUAAUGGGGUGGUGCCCAAUUCUUCACUUAACACAGCUGUUGAGGAACAUAGAAGGACCGAGAACAGUAAUACAUGCAAGGAGAACCAAGAUGUCAAACAAAGUGAUACUUCAAAAGCGGAUGCGGAUGAUUAUGUAUCUGGAUUGUUGUAUGAUAUGCUUCAAAAGGAGGUUAUAGCUUUGAGGAAAGCUAGUCAUGAAAAGGAUCAAAGCCUAAAAGACAAGGAUGAUGCUAUUGAGAUGCUUGCAAAAAAGGUAGAUACUUUAACAAAAGCGAUGGAGGUUGAGGCCAAGAAGAUGAGAAGGGAAGUAGCUACCAUGGAGAAAGAAGUAGCUGCAAUGCGAGUUGGGAAGGGGCAUGAUCUUAGGACAAAGCGUCUAAGUAAUUCCAAGGUUACUUCUCAAUUAGUCCCAGGAAGGAAUGUGAGGAGCACUUAACCUAGCUAACGGGGCGGUUAACACAUGACUGAAUCGGUUUGGCCAUUCUAUGUUACUUCGAUUCGGUCAUUUUUAUCUUUAUUUUUCUUGUUCCUUUGUCUGAUAAUUUGUUCCUCUAAUCGAUUUAUGUACCGUAAUUUCUUUUCGAGGUGGGUUUUAGGUCAGAUUUAAGAUCCAAAUCAGGCUUCUGUUUUUUCUGGUUAUUGGUUUUUCUUUUUUAUCUUUCUGCUGUUUAUUCUGACCAACUGGUUCGAUUAUGAACUAACUUUGUAUAUUUUUGUUGUAUUGUGAAUAUAUUUUGUUAUUUUCUUCUUGCUGA